AUGCGACGCAACCAUCAGAGGACGCGGUGGCACGUAGAUGUCCUGCCACGUCUGAUACGACCGUAUAUGAAGUGGAUGCGGGAACGUUCUGCUUCAUCAGAACGAAGCGAACCCCGUCAGCACUGUGAUUGUGCCGGCCCUCACCGAGUGGAUGACGUGCUCUGCGUCUACAUGUCACGGCUUGAGAAGCGGCAGAUAAGGCAUUGUGAAGAGCAAACACUCACUGUGCAGCUCGUCGAAUGCGGCUUGUUUCCCUGUGCCCCAGUCCGACCCGAACUUGCUGUGAGCAUGGUAAUGCUUGACUGGGCCUCUACGCUGUUCUUACACAUGGCACCGAACAUACGGGCGUGGACAACAACUGCCGAAAUUAUGCUUCAGUGUGAAGGGCAUCAUUUCGGGACUGCGAGUUCAUUUCGUCGUCGCUUUAGCAACUCCCUUGUGCACUAUCAAUUGCUCAUCAGACUCGUCGAUGCAGAGAUGGACCGCAUGGCAAGCGCCAUCCCCAUUCCACCUCGUCUUCUGCCUGGCCACCUCCGCGAACCAUCCUCGCCACCUUCAGUCUCAAAUUGCCUUCCGGAAUCAGACAUGGAUGUCGAUCCUUCCCAUCCAGAUCCCAAGAUCCCAUCAGAUUUAACGUCCAGCAUACCCAGCAACACUUCGAUCGAUGCGCGAGAAUAUCGAAAUGCUCAUACAUCCCCUACAUUUUCACAUCCUGACCUCCCCAGUGACUACCUCCGGGGAAGGUGUCCAUGUUGUUUCGGCUCUACAUCUAGUCCCACGUCCGAGUUGUCAGCAGAUUGCAUCGUUUCGUUCGAUGCAAAUUUUCAGCUGAAGAGGAUCAAAGACUAUGAUAGGAGGCCCCAGUACCGCGGAUUGAACAAGAUUGGUUCUCAGGAUCCCAAAAUGACGUCACCUCAAACAAUUGAGGUUCCCCGCGGUUAUGCUGAGAUGUGGCAGAGCAAGGUUGCUGAAAUACGUGAACCCAAACGGAAUUUUCGGGCUUCGAAAGGCAAAGGAAACAUGGGUAGCGGCAAGGACAAUCUUUCCAAGCAAAACCAUGUCACCCCAGGGCUCAACCUGACAGAGAGCACGUAUGAUGGCUGUGAAGGCUCGUUCACGGCUGCCGACGGGGAGCGCCAGAAGGCAUCCAAGAAGUACUUCGACGAAACGGGCAUUAUGUCUGCUGUCUGUCGUCACGGCAUACCGUUAUUCUACGUCAGCGUUUGGACUCCAGGGGAACAACAGUUCUACAUACUUUCAUUACUCGGGAAGCUUAUAGAGCAUCUCCCUUCGUCGUGGACCAUCGGGUGCCUGUAUGACAUUGGUUGCCAGACUGAUCGUGCGCUUCACAAGUGGAACAUUGCACCUGAGUGGUGGUCACGUCUGGUGUGGGGCGUCUCUAUCUUUCACGCCUAUGGACAUCAAUGGGCUUGUCAGCUAUGGUAUCACCCUCGGAAGGAUCGUGUCUGGGGUCUUUCGGAUGGUGAAGUGUGUGAGCGUUUUUGGAGUGAACUGCGACAGCUCAUACCAAGUCUUCGGGUUGCGGGGUACCACCGUCGUCUCUUUGUGCUUGACAUGCAGAUGAGCCAUAUCACUGAUACGAAGUGCCUGGAUUUGGGGAAUUGGUUGCACCAUCACAUCACAAAUGCCAAGAAACGUCUCGAGUCGGCUCAACAGGCCCUCAAGGAGCAGAAUGUGGAUGACAUGCUGGAACAUUUCAAGGCACAGCGUCAGUAUCACUCGAAGCCUCAAGCUCGGCAAACCAAGACUCCCGUCCGCACCAAGAUCGAGGCCAUCAUGGGCUGGAAGGCAACCAUUGAGAGUUCUAGGUCACUUCUAGAAGACUUGAGGUGCAAUAUGCCUACCGGCUCUGAUUCAGUGGCGGAACUCCUCCUGGCAGAUUGGCAGGAACGCGUUGAUGUCCUUGACAGCAGCAUCGCGAGGCUGAGGAGUUCUGUAGAGAAGGCCACGAAGGAGUUGCAGGCUAAGGAUGAUACACAUGAGGAACUCAAGAAGGCAGAGAAGGAUGUAUGGGCAAAUGGCUUUUUGAACCUUCGUGUGCUGCGUGAUCAGUUACUCCGCAAAUUACGUGCAAGAAAACAGGAGCUGCAACGACUUGAUCAAUCUCAUGGAGGACGAGUCGCUGACCAGAGUUUACGAGAUCAUGUGGACAAAGCAGUCUCUCGUCGUUCGGCUGGAGUUGAUGCCACUCUGAAGAAGUAUAACGAUAAGAUCUUACAAUUGGCUGAGAUGAGAGGGAGAAAUGGGGUUGCUGAAGAUGCAUGGCUUCCCUCACCGCUCAGAAAGGAGGGUCUCUAUAAGUUGGAUGUAGAUCAAGAUAUAUGGCAAGAUUGUGAUCCUUCACAGUUCGAAGAGCUACCGGCAUGGCUCGCUGAUCCAUGUGUAAAGGAAGGUAUCCCUUCGGCACAGAUGGUUGUCAGCUGCCAAUCUGAGAUUGCCAGAUGCGAGGCUGAACAUGCCAAUCUCCGUCAAUGGAUAUGGGAGGAGAGUUACCGAGCCGUUCACCUAUACUUUGCUGCCCUUGGAAGUGAUGUUGACGUUGCCUUUUUUUCCCUCAUGCGGAUUCACAGGCUUCAUAAGCUACAAAAUCGCUGGGAAGGAAGUACCAAAACUUUCGAGAUCUCCGCUGGUACAAAAGAUUGGGCUCCCAAUGACCCUCCACCCUCUCUUCACGCGUUCCAUAGUCUGCCCGAAGUUCAGGCUCUUGCUAAACAUCAUAACCCAAACCAUUCACCCCCAGUCCACAGGGUGCCUGACGAUGGUUCUGUCAGGUCCGACAGCGACGAGAGUGAUAUGUUUGAAUUGAAUGGUUCAGAAGAAGAAGAUGAAAUGCUUGCACGGUUAAUAGAGGCAGCUGAGGCAGGUGGCGCAUCUCUAGAUUAG